ACACAUCAUCAUGGCAACUGGUGCCAUGAUGUGAGAGAUAUUCUGGAGUUGGCCGGAGGGGACAAUGAUGGGCUGAUCAGUAAGAAGGAUUUCAUCAACUCCGAUAAGGUACGAUGCCCUGAUAUCAAAACUUACUAAGGACCUGCCUGUCAAUGGUGGCUUAUGUGGAAUAAAUGAAUGUGUCCUAUUUGGAGGGUUUUUUUCUGGACCAAAAUGGGGCUUAGGUGGUGGGCGUGGCAGCGGGGUCCUGUCAGGAAAUCCAGGAUCUAGUUGCAGAGGGAGGUGUUUAGGCCCAGGGUCCUUAGCUUAGUGAUGAGCUUGGAGGGCACACUGGUGUUGAAACAUGCUGGUAGAAAUGAGGUAAAACGGAUUUGUUUUCCUGCAUUAAAGUCACCUCAGGGUGAGCAUUGUCUUGUUUGCUUAUGGCCCUAUACAGCUCAUUGAGUGCGGGCUUAGUGCCAGACAGCUACGAAAAAGAUAUACUGAACAAAAAUAUAAACGCAACAUGCAACAAUUUCAAAGAUUUUGCUGAGAUCUAACUCAGGCGAGCAGAACCUCGAGAUUUCCUUAAUAUUAGAGAAUGCGCACCAGUUGUUGUUAACAAAGAGACCCCCCUCUGAGCUUCCCCGAUGCAUCCGUUCUGUCCUGCCGAUUUUAUAGAAAAAACAGCUAGAUUUAUAUUUACCAUGUCCUUGUUCAGCCACUCCUUGGAGAAACAUAUUGUAUUACAGUCCUUCAGAUCACGUUGAUAGGAUAGUCUCGAACGGAGCUCAUCCAAUUUAUUCUCCAGUGAUUGCACAAUCGCCAAUCGAACGGAGGGUAGAGGCGAUUUAUCCACUCUACGACAUAGUCUUGUUAUGUAUCCCGCACGCCAGCCUCUAGCAGCGUCUCCUUCUACGAGUGUCAGGGAUUUGGGCCUGAUCCGCGAUAAUAAAUAUGUAUUUCGCCUCCGACUCAUUGAAGUAGUCCUCGUCCAAAUGGAGGAUAGUGAUAGCUGUUCUGAUGUCCAAAAGCUCUCUUCAGUCACAGGAAACGAUGGCGGAAACAUUAUGUACCAAAAAAGUUAAGAUCAGUGCAAAAAAAAUACACAAAAUGGCACAAUUGGUCAGUAGCCCGUAAAAUGGCCACCAUAAUCCUAGAUUCUACACAUUUUGCCAUGGCUUAUGCUAUCUGAGUGACUCAAACAUAACAAAAUCAAUGGGGGGCCCAUUUCAUGACAAAAAUACUCCUAAAUGCAUCAUUUUUUGAAUUUUAGAUUCUCACUGACCAGUUUAUAUUUUGAUGAUUGUUAGUUCUCAAAGAUGAUCUUAUUUAAAAACAUCUUUAAAAAAAACCCAUUAUCUUUUCUCCAUACUUUAUAUCUGUUUUUAGUUGUUUAAACUUCCCCUGUUUCCAGCUGGCCUGCCUCUUGGUUUGAACAUUAACCUAGCUUAGUACUUGAACGCUGAUUGGUCAUAAAAUUUGAUUUACUUGUGUUUUAAAUGUUUUAUUCAUUUAUCACUGCAUUAAUUCGGCUUGUCAUUUAAUUAAAGUAUACUGACCACCACCUGUCUCUCAGCAGAGAUGCUCCGCCCCUGCUGCCCAGCGACACCACUCAGGGCUACCGGACAGUGAAGGUCAAGCUGGGCUGUAAGUGGGUACGACCCUGGAAAUGGAUGCCCUCCGCCAACACUGCCCGC